AUGGCGUCGGACGACGAGCUUGAGGGAGCUGUAGGAGGAUUGUCCAUCGAAAAUCGGUCUAAGUCGACAAGCAACGUCGACACCACAUCAAUGGCGGCCGACACCACAGCUGCAGUGACUGCUGCUGCGAAAGUGAUUAAUAAUAACAUUCCGUUUCCCGAACCUCUUUGUUUGUCGGGAAAUGUACGACAAAAUGUAGAGGAUUUUAUUGAAGGAUUCGAAAUUUACCUCGUGGCUACCGGGUUGGAGCACCGGGAUGAGCGAGUAAAAAUAGCUACAUUAAAAGCAGCAAUGGGAGUUACGGUCAGAAAAAUAUUUAACAAUUGGCCGCUACGUGAAACAGAAAAAAGCAACGUUAGUGCUUGUUUGCAAUCUCUAAGAAAAUAUAUUGUUCCAAAGAGGAACGUGAAACUUGCUCGUUACGAAUUUAUACAAUGUAAACAAAUGAGCCCGGAUGAAGCUAGCGAAGGCGAAACAGUGAUGCAAUUUAUAAACAGAGCUAGAGCAUUAGUGAAAGAUUGCAAUUAUGGAAAUAUCGAAGAAGAAAUGUUGCGAGAUGUUAUCGUAGCUGGCUUACAGGACCAUCACUUACAAAAGGAGUUUAUUGAUAAACCAGAUCUUCCAGCCGCGGAAGUGAUAAGCCGGUGUAUGUCUGCUGAGGCAACACAAAAUGAACUCGGAAAAAUCAAGUGGUAUGAAGAAGAGCAUUCGGUAAACAAAGUGUACAAAAAGCAGGUUCUAGAUAAAAAGUGUGGCUAUUGUGGUUAUGCAUAUCAUCGCCGUUUAUCGGAGUGCCCAGCAAGAGGAAUCGCUUGUUUUUAUUGCCAACAACGAAGACAUUUCGAGUCAGUAUGCAAAAAAAAACGUGACGAUGCGGAAAAAUUUCGUAAGCCAGCCAAAAACUCGAAACCGCGUAAGAAAGUGCAAAGAAUUGACGAAAAUAGGUCGGAAAAAAGUUAUGCUGAGGAAGAAGAAUCACUAGAAGAAGAAGUGAUUGAUUCGAUUGAAUACUUGUAUAGUGUAAAAGAAGAGCGUUCCAGUCUACUUAAAGCCGAGUUAAUCUUUAAACGGGAAGGAAUGAAAACGACACCGGUUAAGUGUAUUCUUGAUACUGGUGCUACGUGUAAUGUAGUAGGACUUCCGUCAUUACUUGAUUUUCUUAACGUAUCACACAUAAAGUUGGACCAACAUCGAUCAGUGCUUAAGGGAUUUGGUGGUAACGCGAUUAAAACGUUGGGUAGAGCAACAGUCGACGUUAUCUACAAAGGAAAAGAGUACAAAGCUGUUUUUAAUGUUGUGAAAUUUCCACAAAUACCGAUACUUUCGCUGUAUACGUGUAAAAAGUUAAACCUAGUUAACUUUUGCCUAUCGAUAAUCGAGGAACAAGAAGGCAUUGCAAGGAAUAUACUGUCACGUUAUUCUGAUGUCUUCGAAGGAAUAGGGCAGCUUGCCGGAGAUGUACAUUUGAAUAUAGAUUCAUCCAUAAAGCCAGUUGUUCAACCAGCGAGACGUAUUCCGAUAACUCUGCGACCGGAACUUAAAAAGCAACUGGAUCAAUUGGAGGAGCAUCACAUAAUUAACAGAGUCGUUGAACCAACUGAUUGGGUAACGCUGGAUGAGGAAAGUUCACGACUCACGACUUUCUGGACACCGUAUGGUCGGUACCGUUGGUUAAGAAUGCCGUUUGGAAUUUCCCCUGCACCAGAAAUUUUCCAGCACAAACUUCAAGAGGCAGUCGACGGACUUAAAGGCGUUCGUGCAUUAGCAGAUGAUGUGAUUAUAUUCGGCUGUGGGGAUACCAUAAAAGAAGCAUAUAGUGAUCAUAACAAAAAUCUACAAAGUUUUCUUCUAAGGAUGAGGGACAAGAACGUGAAGUUGAAUAAAAACAAGAUACGGCUAUGCCAAACCAGCGUCAAAUUCUUUGGUCACAUUUUAACAUCGGAAGGAGUGAAAGCCGACCCAGACAAAAUUCGUAGUAUAGUGGAAAUGGAACAACCUCAUGAUGCCGCCGCUCUGCUUCGGUUUCUAGGCAUAACAUAUUUAUCCAACUACAUGCCAAAGUUGUCAACUGUCGCGGAACCUUUACGAAAGCUAGCCACUCAGAAACAGUCAUGGAUCUGGGAAAAUGUUCACCAAGAAGCAUUUGUGACUCUUAAGACCAUGGUGACGGAAGCUCCUGUAUUGAAAUAUUUUGAUAUUAAUAAGGAUGCAGUUAUACAAUGCGAUAGUAGCAGCGUCGGGUUGGGAGCUGUACUGAUGCAGGAUGGCAAACCAGUAAGCUACGCAUCCAAAACGUUAACAUAA